CGCUGUUGCAAAACCAUACCUAUUCCGCGUCAUUUAUUUUCAUGCAUAAAAUGAAAAUAAUGGCUAUGAUCUUUCAGAGUCUCUUAAUAAUCUGAUAUCACACUUCCUGGACAAAAGCAGAACAGAAAGCCACACCUACGCUCUGAUCUACUAAUACAAAGGAAACUUUCAUUUCAGUUUAGAGCUGCGCAGCACUUCAGGACUUCAGUUUUAGUGGUGAAAAGAUUUUCCACAGACAUGAAAACCUUUCUGGUGUUUUCACUGGUGGUCCUGAUUCAUGGCACCUUCGCAACUUUGACCAUUAAAGGGCCAACUGAGCCUGUUCUGGAGGAAGAGCCGGUCGUGCUUGAGUGUCUCUCCUCAGAGUCUGACUUCAAUGUCUCCCAAGUCCACUUUGAGUACUUCCACCCACAGUACAUGACUUCAUGGCGUCGUGUUUGGGGCUCAUCUAUGAGGGAUUGGUACUGCAUGUCAGGACGUUGGUCGGAUACGGAGGAGGAGAACACCGGACAACUGCUGAUUUCCUAUCCAACGAGGUACUCCGGAGUGGCCUUCCGCUGUGUGUCAGAAGCUGAAAAUGUGACUGCACCGGACAACGCCUCCGAGCCGCUGACCUUCAAAGUCCAGUAUUUGAGACAGCCGUCACUGACUAGGCAAGGCUACACCAGCUACCUGGGCGUCCCCAACGAGCUGAGGGUGCGACUCGGAGAUGACGUAGUGCUGAAGUGUUCAGCAAGCUCAUCGGAGGAACCCAACUACUUUUGGCUGAAAGAGGGUAAUGACUGGAUCCUGCCUUCUUCUACUCUGACACUGAGGAAGAUGAGUGCUAUGGAUGAAGGACAGUACACUUGCAUGGUCGAGCAUCCUUCUGUUGCGUCCCUCAGCAAGAAGCUCACCAUCACCAUCACCCUUCUGCCCAAGGAUGCUGCCUGGUACGAGACUACAAACGGACGCCUCUGGUUGAUUACCUUGGCCGUGGCUGUUCCUCUGCUUGUGUUCAUCGUGGCUGUGAGUGUGUUCUUCUGCCGCAGGGCCAAGAGGAUCAGGACCAACAAGGGCCCGAUCGAUGACCACUCUCAGAAGAAGCCCAUCUACAAAACAAGUGCAGAGUCCCUUCCCUCCACCUGCGCUGACAACCAACCCCUGGUGUGACCACACCAGCAGGUGCAUAGGAGAGGGAGGGAGGGGGUGACCACAGAAGGGGGGAUACAUGUGUCAGGAGAAAGGGAGAGGAGAGGCAAAUGGGGAUAUUGGACUGCGUGGAGAUCAGACAAAUUGGGUGCAUAAAAGGAAGAAAAAACAUAGCAAACGGCAAAUGGUUGCUUUAUAGAUGCCGAAGCGGCUUUGCUUGGGACUGCAGUUGCAUGUCUCGAACUGAAAGGUUUGGCAAUUUUCUUUUCAUUUACUCUGCAGCGUGAAAACGGCGAGCUACGUUUGUUGCAAAGUGAUGAUGAAGAAUCUCGUGUAGUUGUAAGAGCGGACCAAUAACACCACGCAUGCAAUCCUUUCAGUUGCAGAUGGAAUCGCUCACACUGUUUUAUUAUAAAUGAACUAUCUGGGUGACGGGGAAAGCUUUUAUUUUAAUGAUCUGUUUCUGUUAAAUUAUUUCUUUUUGUUCCACAAUUGAAAACAAGUCAAAUAUUUUAAGGGCUUGUUAUGAUCUCUAUAUUGUGGCAGCACUCGAGCACUUUGCACUGUAAAACCUGUACAUCAAGCUUCUUUGAUAUUAAAUGGCUUACGUAAAAUAAUA